CAAAGCAUCCACAGCAGAUGAUUGUCAGUGAGGAUUAACUCCCGAGUAGUCCGUUACUAGAGCGAGAGCGAAGGGGAGAAAGAGGGAGUGUAUGUUCCUAGGAGAGAUAGAGGGGGAGACAGAGAGAGAGAAAGAGAGAGCGAGAGAGAGAGAGAGAGAGAGACCGCACCGCACCGCAAGGUUCAACUUCGGAGAGAUUUUCAGAGAAACAGCGCAACUGAGGCGGAGGGAGGCAAAGCUGUUCAGCACCACGCUUUAUGUCCGAAGGAACAGGUUGGACUGUUGCGAGGAAAACCUACAGAAAAAAACACAACAUCGAAAUUCCCGUGCCAUUCUAUCUAAUCUGGCGGGUUUGAGGAUUUCUGUGAACGCAGAAAUAUACAUUGACGCGCGGGUAUUGAGAUGUUUUUAUUUUUACAUUUUUAAAGAGGACAGAGACAAAAUAUAAUAUCAAAAUCCACAUACUGACUACGGAAUACAACGAACGAGGAAGACAAAUCUGGAAAAGUUGUUGCCUUCUGCCAUCACGGAGGACAUUGUCACCAAUUCAUUACGAGACUUUAACUGCCGCUACUGUCCUAUGCUGUUUAUAGGAACAAAAACUAUAUAAUUUCGAGUACUGUCCGUUUAUCUUACACCAGGGGUAACUGUAAAGCGCCGUGCCGUGCAGUAACUAACCAGCUACUUUCACACCAGUCGCAUUGAAAGAGCGAGUCCGUCUAACGUACUUUCGCGGUGGACGGCGCCAACGGGACCGCAGGAGCCGAAGAAAAUGAUUGCGCUUUAUGUUUUCCUUUGCCUUAUGGAAUCAGCGACCCAGGCGGCCUACUUCUCCCAGCAGCCCCAGGACCAGGUGGUGGUGGCGGGCCAAUCGGUGACCCUGCCCUGCGUCAUCGUGGGAUACCGCGGCAUGGUGCAGUGGACCAAAGACGGGCUGGCGCUCGGAGGAGAGAGACCUGCCGGUGGAAGAGAGAGAGACCUGCCAGGUUGGACGCGCUACUCCCUGAUGGGCGACGCGCAGUCGGGCGAGCACAGUCUGCUGAUCGACGCGGCCGAGCUGGCGGACGACGCCGUGUACGAGUGCCAGGCCACGCAGGCCGCGCUGCGCUCGCACCGCGCCAAGCUCACCGUGCUGGUGCCCCCGGCCGACCCCGUGGUGGAGGGGGGCCCCGUGGUCAAGCUGAAGGCCCACACGCCGCACAACCUCACCUGCAGGGCCUCGGGGGCCAAGCCCGCCGCCGACAUCACCUGGUACCGCGACGGCGAGAUCCAGGAGACCGCCAUGUACGCCAAGACUCUGAUGGAGGACGGGAAGAGGGAGUCGGCCGUGAGCAUGCUCCCCAUCGUGCCCGAGGACCGGGACUCGGGGCGCACCUACACCUGCCGCGUGGUGAACCCUGCCGCCCCGGCCGGCCGCCAGACCUCCGUCUCCAUCAACGUCCAGCACCCCCCCGCGGUCACCCUGUCGGUCCAGCCGCAGACGGUCUUGGAGGGAGCCAAGGUCCUGUUCAUCUGCUCCGCGUCGGCCAACCCCGAAAUCACUGGGUACAGGUGGUCCAAGGGCGGGGUCCCGAUCUCGGAAGCCAACGGGGACAGCCUGGAGGUGACGGUGGACCACUCCUACUUCACCGACCCCGUGUCCUGCGAAGUGUCCAACUCCGUGGGGAGCACCAACGUCAGCACCCUGGUGGACGUUCAGUUCGGACCCAGGCUGCUGUCGGAGCCCAAGCCCAUGGUGGUGGACAUCGGCAUGGACGCGGCCUUCACCUGCUCCUGGACGGGGAACCCGCCACUCACCCUGGCCUGGACCAAACAGGGCUCCAGCGUGGUGCUCAGUAAUGGGAACAGUGUGGCCCCUGCCACUCCAGGUGCUCAGCUGGGACUACACCUGCAGGCCUCGCCACCGGAGGUGCUCGAGAAAUGGGACCACUCGCUGUCAGUGAAGGCGCAGGCGAGGGGGCGACCUACACUGCAAGGCCACGUGGUGCGUGUGCGGCCGCCCAUCCUCACGGCCGACGCCACGCAGCACGCAGUGAAGAACUCCAAGGGCAAGCUGGAGUGCCUGGUGGGCAGCAGCCCCCCUCCCGAUAAGAUCGUGUGGACGUUCGGGGACGUGAGCCUGGCGAGCGGGUCCUCGGGGCGGUUCACGGUGCAGACGGUGGCGAGCGAGCGGGGCGUGGUCUCCUCGCUCGUCCUGGCCGAGACGCUGGCCCAGGACUUCCAGCUGCGCUACAACUGCACCGCCUGGAACCGCUUCGGCACGGGCUCUGCGCUCGUCACCCUCACCGAGCAAGAGGCCCUCCCCGUGCUGAUCAUCGUCGGGGCUGCGGUGGGCGGCGGCUGCGUCCUCCUCAUCUGCGUCAUCGCCUUGGUCUCCUUCUGCUGCAGGAAUUCUGGGAAAGGUAAAAAAGUUACGCGUCUCUCUAAAAGUGACAUCAGAGUCCAAAUCGUGCACAGCGACCACAACGCCACCCGGGGAAAUGAUGACGAGGAGGACGUGAAGGAGCCGAUGGCUCCCAACAGCAGUGAGUCUCCUGGGACGUCCCGUACAGAGCACAGCGACCUCCUGGAGGAAGAGGAAGAUGAGCGCUCUGACCUGAAGGACCCCACCAACGGCUACUACAACGUGCGCGCGCACGAGGACCGCCACAUCCGAAGCGGCUUCUCGGAGUACGUGCCCAACCCGCGCCCCGUCUACACGCCGUCCCAGCUGCCCUCUCCCAGCCCGCUGUACGGCCAGCACGCCGCCGCCGCCGCCGCCGCCCAGCCGCGCAUCUACGACUUCUCGCACCGCUACGCCACCACCACCGGGGGGCGCUCCAGCUACGAGCAGCAGCAGCAGCAGCAGCAGCAGCUCCAGCUCCAGCAGCAGCAGCAGCAGCAGAACCAGCCGCAGGGCGCCUACCCUUCAGAGGCCCUCUACGGAAGCUCCGCCUACCUGCCCGCCACCUACGGCCGCGCCUUCACCAGCUACGUCAAGCCCGCCGCCUACGAGAAGGUGGAGGCCUACGACCACUCGGACCAGGCCAGCAAGGUGUCCGGCUCCUCCCGCUUCUCCUACGCCUCCUCCCAGGUCUCGUCCCAGCAGUCCGACUACGGCCGGCCCUCCACCCAGCGCAUGCAGACGCACGUUUGACCUGGGGGGGCCCCGCGGCACCCCCGCCCCCCGGAGGGCCGAAAGGCGUCCGGCGCAAAGCCUGGCACGUCCUCUCCCCCCGCCACAAAAAACAUCAAAAAUAAAUAGAAGGAAAAAGGAAGGACAGGCGGCAGGCUCCUGCGAACGUCACCCCUCUGACAGAGGCCGUUCACUUUGGAGGGGGGGAGAUGCCGGAUGCUCAUGGUCCAAGAAAAAGGGGGAUAAUCGUUCUUAAUUUAUUGUCGUGUUGUUGUUGAAUCGGUCUUGCGUGCUCUUGAUCAGAUGAAGCCUUCAUUCGUGACACGUCACUCAAGAGGCCCGAAUCAGAACCAUUGUCCUCAAUGAGGUGCAUUGCCUGGUGUUCCUUCCCUUGAAAGGUGUGUAAUUGAUUUUAAAAAAUUUGCAUUAUCCCCAUCGAAGCCAUUUUCUACUUUUUUCUGGAUUGAUUCAGAGACUUUUGUCUCGUGUCUGUACGAGGCCCAAGAACUUGGGUGACAAUCUGGAUUCAAGGACACAUAUCCAGGGAAGAGGAUUUUUAAAAAACAAAUGCAGACAAAAAAAAAGAAAAAACAUUGUGGUUGUUUGGUGUUUGUCGGCAUGCGAAGGAAACCUAAGCACAUUUGUGUCUCUCUCCGGUACAAACGGACUGAGCUGCACGGAAAGCCUGGAAACAAGCUGUGAUGAGAGAGACCGUCAGUCAGGAAGGGCAGCCAAGCGACAUUCGCUGGGAUUUGCCAAAUGGAAAAACAAAAAAAAAAAUGAAAAUAAUAAUCAGUACGGCCUGCCCAAAUCAGUUGGGGAGAAGUCUGAAGGACAUAUUUAUACUUUGAAGAAGUUUUCUGACAUCGUUAGCCUGAAAGAUCAGAGCAGGCAACUCAAGGAGGGGACUGAAAAAAAAAAAAACGAGUGAAAUGACAAGAGGUCAGAGAGUGGCAGUUGGCAUCUUUCGAACUUGCUCUCGACUUCGCAUUUAUCGUUUGCUUUCUUUGAUGCCGAGCAAAAGUGGAAGUUGAUACCAAAAGAGGGCGGGGCACACUUGCAGGGAGAGGGGGGCAGUGGUGGUGACCUCUGACCUCAAUGUAUUUUAGGAUACAUACAGUGUGUUAAUUUCAGCAGCCAAACAGGCCUUCAAAAGAUGUAAUCUAGAAAAAAAAAACAAAACAAAAAACAAGAGAAAAUAGUACUGUUCCUGGCCAUUUUGUUACAGGGUUGCUAUCUUGCCAGAAGGUUGUUCUGAGGUGGGGACAUGCCAGGGUUCCUCAUCCUGUAGCUAGGUAAUUAACACACGAUCAGUGCUCCAUUUCCAGAAGAAUCGGGUUUCUUCGACACCUUUACAAGACACUGUACUACCCAGGAACACUGGAUCACCUGUACAAAGGGAAAAACAAAAGUUACGUUCUAUCCGUUGCAUGCAGAUGAUGUGUCUACAAGUGAAAUAAUUCGACUUUCGUUCAUGUCCGUUUGCAGCGCGAGAGAUUUUGUGUGUUUUUUUAAAACUCGGACCCGGAUGGAUACGGGUUCGAAAAUGAACUGUGUGUGCUGCCGUUCUCCUCAAAUCCGUUCCCCAGUCCACCCGAUUGGGCCAGAACGUCACGCAGCGAGAAGUGGAAGAAAAGCAUUGCUCGUUUUAUUUUUAUAUUUUAUAUAAGCCUUAAUGUACAGCGUGUAAGCUGCUCUAUUGUAUAGCAUCUUUUUAUGACAUAUAUAAAUAUAUAUUAUCUCGAUUGAUUUCUUUGGUUUACCAUUUCUCCCUCGCUCCGUUUGUCCAUCACCGAAAGCAGAGAGGAAGAAGGAUCCGGAACACAACACUAAUUGCCAUUUUCUUUUUUUAAAAAUAAUGUAUUAAGAUUUUUAUUUGCUAAAAAAAAAAAAGGAGCUAUUGUUGCUUGUAACUUUGUACACAUAUUUAUAUUUAAAUAAAUCCAUUUCAGAUAAAC